AUGCCGAUCCUUGGUUUUCAUGCAGAUGUAAAUAUUGUGAUUGAUUACGUGGAAAAUGUGAAAAAUGAACCUGAUAAGGUGAAUGUCUCUUUCGCAGCUGGUAUCAGGGCAGAUGUCACAGAGAGAGCAUUGUUCAUCUCGCUGUCAGAUGAUUCAGAUACCACCACGUUACUGUUCCUCGCAUUCGAUGGGCUUUUUAAAGAGAUGUUUGCAGCAUCAAUCCAAGCAAAUGCAGCGCAGGCAUUGCGGGCCGCCAUUUUGCCUCUCAUAACAACUGAAUUUGGCACCGUUUUCGAUGUGAAUAUCACCAUUGGAAUCCAGACCUUCCCACUGACGGUCGAUACUGGCAGUAACGACAUCUACGUAAUGCAGACUGGCUACAGUUGGUCAGUUCCACUGCCAAAAUCGAUCCUCAACAUAUCGCUCGCCUUCGGCGUCAGGUAUGGUGAUGAGUUCGCCGUGGACAACAUCACGCUCAAGGGACAGAAGGGACUGCAAAUGUCUCAGACCCCAUGGGCGAUGGAGUCAACAGCGGGCUGA